AUGAGCAGAGGUGGCCGAGAUGCGGUGGAGCGGCGGCUGCUCCACCUCCUUCACGGCCACAAAACCCGAAAUCGUCUUCCCGAAAUCCAUGGCCAUUUGCUCCGCCACCACCUCCAUCACUCCAACAAACUCAUCUCCCACUUUGUCUCAAUCUGCGGAUCCUUUAAUAAGAUGCAUUAUGCCGACCUCAUAUUCCAACAGUUUCAAUGUCCCAAUAUUCUUCUCUUCAACUCCAUGAUCAAGGGUUAUUCAUUAUGUGGCCCUUUCGAAAAUUCCCUGAAUGUUUUCAUCACCAUGAAGAAAAAUGGCAUUUGGCCCGAUGAGUUCACUCUAGCACCUUUACUCAAGGCGUGUUCGAAUCUUGGCCAUCUUAGUUUAGGACAAACGGUCCAAAAACAGGGGCUUGUUCUGGGGUUUCAGAGAUUUGGUUCCGUCAGAAUUGGGCUUGUGGAGCUCUACUCUAAUUGUGGAAGAAUGGAAGAUGCAAGAAAGGUGUUCGAUGAAAUGUCCAGCAGAGAUGUCAUUGUGUGGAACUUGAUGGUUCGUGGGUAUUGUCGCAUUGGAAAAGUUGAAGUGGGUUUUCAAAUGUUUAGGGAAAUGGAUGAAAGGAACAUUGUAUCUUGGAAUACGAUGAUUGCAUGUUUUGCAGAGAGUGGAAGGUAUAAGGAUGCCUUGGGGCUUUUUAAUGAAAUGCGGAAUGGUGGGAUCGAACCAGACGAGGCAACUGUGGUUACGAUAUUGCCAGUUUGUCGACGAUUGGGGGAAGUUGAUCUUGGAAGGUGGAUUCAUUCUUUGGCUCAGUCAAAUGGUCUAUUAGAAAAUUUUGUAUCCGUGAGCAAUGCUCUGGUUGACUUCUACUGCAAAAGUGGAGAUUUGGAGUCUGCUUUUUUGGUAUUCAGGAGUACACAUAAAAAGAAUGUGAUCUCUUGGAACACUAUGAUUGCAGGUCUGGCUUGGAAUGGGAAAGGAGAACUUGGGGUGGGAUUGUUUGAUGAGAUGAUAAAUGAGGGGGUAAGCCCCAAUGAUUCGACGUUUGUGGGAGUUUUGGCGUGCUGUGUCCACGCAGGUUUGUUGCAAAGAGGUAGGGAUUUGUUUCAGUCAAUGCUUGAAAAACAUGCGGUUGAGCCAAAAUAUGAGCAUUAUGGAAGCAUGGUCGAUCUUCUCGGGCGCUACGGUUGCUUGAGAGAAGCUUUUGAUCUCAUACAAACGAUGCCAAUAAAGCCAAAUUCUGCCUUAUGGGGUGCACUGCUUAGCGCCUGCCAAACCCAUGGCCAUACGGAAAUUGCAGAAUGUGCAGUGAAGGAACUUAUCAGUUUGGAACCUGGCAAUUCUGGAAACUACGUUUUGUUGUCGAAUAUCUAUGCAGAAAGAGGGGAUUGGGAUGAAGUUGAGAAAGUGAGAUUGUCAAUGAGGGAAAACAAUGUUAAGAAAUCAGCUGGACAGAGUGUAGUUAGAUGA